CACUAUCUAACGGAGACAGGGACAGAGGAAGCUUGGGUACCGCUAUUAACGGGUGGGGGGAAUGUAGAACCCUUUUCUUCCAAUUAAAACCGAACGAACUAGGGAUACAGAGGGGCGGGAAUCAUGGGAAACAUUUCACGACUCAUCUGGAACAGCAGCCGUAGAGGAAACUGCUCACCUACUGGCCCGAAACGAGGAAUUUAAUCGCUGUCGGUUAGAAACCACCAGGCACGUCGGGCUCCUCUUUCUCCAUCUCCUCCAUUUUGGUUGUCAGUGAUGGAGCACAUCCGGACGCCCAAGGUGGAAAAUGUGCGUCUCUUGGAUCGCUCAUCAGGUCAAAGGAAGGCCAGCAUUGGGACACUUUAUCUGUCCGCCACACACACCAUCUUUGUAGAGAACAACCCUGAGACACGCAAGGAGACAUGGGUGUUGCACAGCAUGGUGAGCAGCGUGGAGAGGCCACCAACCAUCCCUGCUGGAAGUCAGCUGAUCCUGCGCUGUAAGGACUUCCGGGUCUACCAGAUCCUGAUUCCACAGGAGAGAGACUGUAUAGACGUCCACACCUCGUUGGUCAGGUUGUCACGGCCAGAGAAAUACAGUGAGCUCUACUGUAUGUCCUUCAAUCCCAAUGUGAACAAAGAGGAGAGAGAGGAGUCGUGGAGCUUCGUAGACCUCAUGGCUGACUACAAGAGGAUGGGAGUUCCUAAUAACCUUUGGGUCACUACAGCAGCUAACAGUGAAUACAGGGUGUGUGACACGUACCCGUCAGAGCUGUUUGUCCCAAAGUCGGCCACACCUGCCAUCAUCGUAGGCAGCUCGAGGUUUAGGAGUCGAGGACGAUUUCCUGCUCUGUCCUACUUCCAUCAGGACACACUGGCAGCAGUGUGCCGCUGCAGUCAACCACUGUCAGGCUUCAGUGGACGCUGUCAGGAGGACGAGAUGAUGCUGCAGGCUUUGAUGAAGUCCAACCCUGGCAGUGAAUACAUCUACGUGGUGGACACCAGGCCUAAGCUGAACGCCAUGGCAAACCGAGCAGCAGGUAAAGGCUACGAGAAUGAGGAUCAUUACACCAACAUCAAGCUUCAGUUCAUCGGCAUUGAAAACAUUCACGUGAUGAGGAGCAGCCAGCAGAAAAUCAUUGACGUGGGUGAGAUGAGAACUCCAUCUAUGACUGACUUCCUGUGGGGUCUGGAGAACUCAGGCUGGCUCAAACACAUAAAAGCUGUGCUAGAUGCUGGAGUCUUCAUCGCCAGGGCAGUAGCUGAUGAAGGAGUCAGCGUGUUGGUUCACUGUUCAGACGGUUGGGACAGGACGGCUCAGGCCUGCUCUGUAGCCAGUAUACUCUUAGACCCCUACUACAGAACUAUCAAAGGACUCAUGGUGCUAAUAGAGAGAGACUGGGUUUCCUUUGGACACAAAUUCUCCCACAGGUAUGCCCAUCUAGACGGAGAUCCCAAAGAGGUGUCCCCAGUCAUUGAUCAGUUCUUGGAGUGUGUCUGGCAGCUGUCCGAGCAGUUCCCGUGUGCCUUCGAGUUCAAUGAGCGCUUCCUUAUUGCUAUACACACUCAUGUCUACUCCUGUCAGUACGGGACUUUCCUUGGAAACUGCCAGAAGGAACGCAGAGACAUCAGGCUUCACGAGCGGAGUCACUCUGUGUGGCCUCAGCUGUGGAAGGACCGAGCCGAGUACACCAACCCUCUUUACAAGGCAGAGCAGAGCCAGAGUCAGGGCGUCCUGAGACCCAACACCACCCCCUACUGCUUCAAGAUGUGGAAGGGUCUCUAUAACCAUGUGGAGAAAACAACGCCUCCUCGCCAGUCACCUUCAGACUACCUGUCUGCAGUGAGGGAAGAAUCCCGGCAGCUGGAGGAGGAGCUGACCAAUCACCAGGAGAGGAUUGCAGCCCUGACGGGGAAGCCAAUCAUGUGGGAGAAGAUAGAGGUUCCGAGGAGGAGGAUUAAUCAACUUAGACCGAAACACUGCGGGCCGGACCCGCCUUCCACUUACACACACCCAAUCACCAGCCCUUCACAGGACUAUGGCCACGCCCUCUUUACUGAACGAGCCAAUCAGAACGCUCUGAUGAAGGACCCCGCUCUCACUCUGCCUCUAGGUCAGCACACACAUCUCAAAGGUCACGAGCCUGAUGACCUCUCUGCCUGCAGCGACCUGGAGUCGGGCGUGGCCGACCUCAGCAGCCGCUCAUCCAGCGGCGGAGACGAAGGCAAAGACCCAGACACAAACGAGGCCGCCUUCGCUUCUGCCUGACUUACACUAACAAAGGGAACCCUGCCGUCUGGCUCUCACAGUACAACCCUACAAUAUUUAUUCAUGCACCUGGAGGAGAGUGUGAGCAGGUAAAGAUGGCUGCUGAUUACCUGAGAGGCAGUUUGAGUUUAUUUUUUGUUUUUUUUUCUUAACAUUGAAGGGAAAAACCUUGCUGUCUGUUUUCAGUUCAGCUGUUUGAUGAAGGCACUGAAAGACACCACUUAAGUGUUUUUUAAAACUUCUUUUUUAAUGUCUUAUUUGUUGCAGAGAAGCUGUUUUUUUUUUUAUACGUUUGCUGUUUUUAGGCACAAACCUGUUGUUUCUACUUUGUUAAAGAAUGCACUGUUGCUACUGUGAGAAGGAUGAAUGUGACAUGAAUCCAGCCUCAUAAUGUACAGAGAUCUGGUCUUUAUAGUUCAAUCUUUCAGUUCAAGACCAUAAAUAUUUGUCACUUUUUCUCUUAAAAGCUUUGCCCUCACUCUCAAGACAGUCCCUGCUCGUCCUAAGAUUUUUGAGGUGUAUAAAAAUGGGAGCAGAGCAAAACAAAUACAUGCAAAUGUAGACUGAGCCGCACCUUGAAAAAAAUAGUAUUUCAAAGACCCAGUUACACUUCAUGCUUGAUAUUCUCAUGCCAAGUGUUAUUCCUUAAUGUUAAGAGUCAAAGCACUGAAGUGCAUACUAAUGACAGUCUGAUAUCCGAUACAGGAGUGGUCUGUGAUGCCUACAUCCAGACUGGAUUAGCUGUGUAGACACAACUCAUACCGGCAUGCAUUAAAGACCGCCUCCAUGACUGACAUAAUCUGCUAUAUUCCUCUGGUAAAUAAACAGCAUUAACCUUUCAGAGCAGAUGGAUUUGCAAGACUAUUUCUGUCAUCAGGCAAAUCUAUCUUGAAAAGCUCCAAUCCACACUGUUGUCAAAUCAGCGUCAUUUGAGAAAAACGAGGUGGUAACUACGAGCAGGGUUUAGUUAUACUAGAAGCCAGUUGCAAUGGUGUUUGACCAGAACUGGACCUGUAGGAACUAAAGAAAUAAAGAAUAAAAAACAACUCUAAAAGCUUUUCAUGAUGGGAAAUAUGUUUUUGCUCUUCUGCUGAUCUGACUCUUUUGAGAACGAUAUACCACAAGCCCCUCGUAACUUGUCUCUAUCACUUUAAUCCAACCAGAACCCCAGAAGAUUUAUUUACUUAAAAAAUAUACCGCUAACCUGACAGGCCAGAAAGACCAUUUUAUGUACCCAUUGCAUCGGAUAUACUGUACUUUAUAUCCAUCGGGGCGACCCAUAAAUCAGGAGAGGACCAAAAACAUAUCUUCCUCCAAAAAAAGCUUUCAAUGCAGUUCUUUGCACAUCUCUAAUUGGUCCAGUUCUGGUAAAACUGCCUCUACAGCUUCGUCCAAGCUAAUCACGUCACAGCCUUUGGCAGCCAUUGUUUUCCAUCUUGCAGUGCAACUAAACCCCACUUGUAGCUACUGCCUUGUUCUCUUCUAUCGGCAUUGCUGUGUCAUUAAAAAGCGUGCCUAUGACAAAGUGAGGGAGAAAAGCUGUUAAAAGAGGCACUGCAGGCCUCUUAGCCUGUGGCUAGGUGUCCAAGUAUUCUAAUGGUGGGUAAAGCUGCUGGCAGAACUUAAAAAUGAAGCAGAUUAGCAGUUAGAAAAGAGGCUAGCAGUGCCUUUUUAACAGCUUUUCUCCUUCAUUUUUUCAUAAACAUACUUACUAUGUAGUACUGUUUAGUAACUAAACCUUCUGGGGUAGUGCUUAGAUUAAAAUAACAACUCAGUCCAAGAUGACAAGUGACCAGCAAGGUCAACUUCACAUAACAAGAGAGAAGGAUUCCAUAUCAGAUCCAAAAACAGCUGUAGCAUUUCACUUUAUUGUAAAGGUGUGUCUAAACCUAAACUAUCUGAACGAAGAUUCGUAUUCUUAUGAUUUUAUUGCAGUUAGGAAAAGAUCAUAUUCUACUGUACAGCUCCUCUAUAGGUCCCCAUUACUUUAAGUAAACUUUUAAUGAAAUACUUUUAACUUUUACUAGAGUAGAUUUAUUGGCCAGUAAUUUUACUCCUACUUGAGUAUUUUUUAAACAAAGUAAUAGUGCUCUUUUACCAUCGGCAUAUUGUUAAUGCACAGUGAGAACACACAAACUAAAGUACAGUCAACUUGGUAUCUGAUUGUCCAGCAUGGAUGUUUAUGCAAAAUGCUAACAGGGUCAAAGUAAAAGACAGGCAGAGUAAAUCUGAGUGAAAGUAAAGUUUUAAAUGCGCAAGCAGGGUUUUGACAGAAUGCACCACCAAGUCUUAAAAUAAAUGUAAUAAUUUAUGUGUAGGAAAAUAUAUUUUUUCUUCUUAAGUGUUGAAGGAAGUAAGACAGUUUUUUAAGUUAAAACAAUACGAUUUACUAGAAUUUAAACAGAUUCCUAAAUGUAUUUUAAUGUCGGGCCAGCAUACCUUUCGGUUUAAAGUCUGUACUUCACCUAUAACGUGAUAAAAAGCAAAUCAGAGUCUACAGAAACUGCAAUUUUCUGGAAAAUCAUUUUAUUCUUUUAUGUAAAAGCAGAAUUUGAGGGGUUUUAGACAUAGGUAGUCUCCAGCUUGUGCUAAUAUCAGACUUCAAAAGCCCCUUUUGAAGUCUUACACCAAAAACAAAUAAAAUAAGCUUUGAAAUGUUUGAAGGGAAAAUGUGAGCCUGUUGUGAGUUGAAACACUGAGUAUUGAUGAGCUGACAGCUUAAAUCAGCCUACAACUUCCUCCAUGUUAACUGACUUUGAGCCUCAUCUUGCACUGAAUUUCCUUGAGCAGAUAGGACAGUUGAAGUGAGAAAAGAUGGGAAAGAAAGUGGAGGAAGACAUGCACCAAACAGCUCCAGGAUGGAGAUUAAAACCUGUAACCAGUGCAUUGUGUACUGUAAACUCUAUAUAUGGACUCCUUCACCAUAAACUGAGCUGAACUGGUUCCAGAAUUAAAGCUUUUACUCAUUUCCUCACUUGUAAUCUUUCUGAACCUAUUGUAUCUUCUUUAUUAGACAACAGCCUGCCUCUAGGGGUCAGUAAUUAGACUUUAAGAGAUCAAAGAAAGCUAAAAUCAAACUAGAAACUACAGUGGUCAAAUAUGAGCAGCUAAAAAUCAAAAUUUAUUGUUCUUUUAAAAACUCAGUGUGCAUCCUGGCUUUAAAAAAAAUACAAAAAAAUAAAUAUAAGAAUAAAAGGAGUAAAAAGGAGCAAAAUGUGAACAAAAUUUAAAUGUUUACAAGUAAAUGUUGAAAAAUGGUAUUUUAUUUGUCCUUUUGUGUGCAAUAUGUCAUUUUAAAGCCUUUUUUUUUGUUUGUUUGUUUUUAUUAUGUUUCUGUUCUCUGUUUAACACCGUAUGUCCAUCAUUUAUCCUCAGAAACACAUGAUUUGAAUGUCAUCUGACAUGUAAGAAAUCAAGGUUCGUCUCCUUUCAGGGUUUCUGUGACUUUAACAUUCCUGCUUCAGCUUUGGAGAAAUGUCCAAAAUGAUUACAACACAGCUGAAGUCGUUUUUUAAGAACUUUAUGGUGCUUUUCCACAAUGUGGUACUGGCUCAACUCGCUUCUGCUUGCUCUAAAGGGGACAUAUUACGCAAAAAUCACUUUUGUAAGGGUUUUUCUAACAAAAAUGUGUGCCCCUGGCCUGUCCACAAUCCCCCCAAGAAUCAGAAAAAUCCAUUCCCUCCCCUCUCUUUCUUCAGUUUUCAGAAAAUGUGUGCUGAAACAAGCCGUUCUCAGAUUUUCCCCUCAUGAGGUCAUGUGUGGAUGUGUUUUCAAACCACCUUUGGGGAUGUUCUUAGAAAGCUGGAUCAGCAUUAAAGUGUGACACUGACUGAUAAAGAGACAGGUCUGCUCACAAAAUGACUGUGCCCCUGAAAAAUUCCUCCCUUUGUCUGAGAGAUUCAUGUUAAUAUAUGUGCCUUAUUUUUUUUAAAUCUCCCAUCAUUAACAAAUUAAUAUCAGGCGGGAAUCAGCAUCUCUCUUGAGCUCUUACAGCACAUUCAAAAAGUAUUCAGACCCCCUUCACUCUUUUCAAUUUUGUUCUGUUACAGCUGACAGUACAGUUGAAAAAAAUCCUUUUUAUUCUCAAUAAUCUACACCGAGUAGCCCAUCAUGACAAAGUGAAAACAGAAUUUAAAAAAUCUUUGAAAAUUAAUUAAAAAUAAAAUACUGAAAGAAGGCAGUCAUCAGCUGAUACAGGACUUUUGGUCCAUCUUAAAACUCCAGUAACUUAUUUGUUGUUUGGCUAAUAUUUACAGAUUAUAUAGGCAGAUUAUUAAAGCCAAACUAUUGGUUGUAAAUAUUAGCAGAUAUUAAAAUAUCUGCCAAUAUUGAUAUCAUGCAUCCCUACUUUUAACCCAAGAACCAAUUACUCUUUUGCCUCAGUGUCCUCAGUGUUGGUUGUUGUGUUGGGUGUCACACCAGUUUCACACAGCAGUGCUGUGAUGACUCUGCCCACUUUGAGGAGGUACUAUCAACUUAUACUGUAAUAAGAUAAAGUGUGAAGUACCAAAACAGAGCAGUCAAGUGGAGCCAGUGCCACAUUUAGAAAAGCACCAAUAGACUGCCUACAGGGAUCUUUUAGAUGAAGUGUGAUCCAGAUUUGAACGAGCACAUAACUGACAUAAUGGGAGUAAUUGCUAUGUUUGGAUAUUCAAAGCUGAAACUGAAAAGCUUCUCCUUUAAAGACAAACACUAUUGCUGAAACUUGCUGAGUCUGACGUGUUCACUGUUGAGCAGUGACAUUAAAUCUAUCAAUGGUUAUAUUUGUGGGUUUGGUUAUAUUGUGCUGCCCUGUUUCAACGUGUGGAUUUACCCGAUUAAAUCAUGUGUACACUUGCUAUUAAAUCGGCCACAUUGAGAACAUGAGAGAAGAUUUCCCCCUCUUUAGACUGCUGUUAAAUAUUUGUUUAAAGUUAGAAUAAAUGAGAAGGUGUUGGUGUUUUCCAGCUGAAGGUCUUGGAUCUCUUGUAAAUUUCACUGUAGCCUGUGGUGUGUGUUAGCGUGUGUGUUCUGUAUCCAUCCAUGUAAAUGAUCUAUCAAUAAAUGCACUGUUAAAGGGAGAAA